AUGGACACCGCCCUGAUCAAAGACGUGGACGAGCAGCCUCAAUCCUCAUGGUACCGGAAGCCAGACGGCCCUCACCGGCUAUCAGACAUCCGGGCCCAGCCGCAGGCCGAUUCUGUCCUGACCGACGACGACGACCAUGUCAGGGACGUCGAUGAGGAGAACCCGCCGACGCCCCACUCGGCGUGGUACCGCAAGCCGCGCCCGGAGCGGGUGUCGAGCAUCGGGCCGGAUCUCGGGAUUGGCGAGCAGGCGGAUGAGAAGACCCGGAGGAUCUGCGGGUGCUCACGGCCGACUUUCAUUGUGAUCAUGUUCUUUUUGGUGGUCGUCGUCGCGGCUGCGAUCGCGUGGCGUUGCUGGGUCGCAGGCUUGGAAACGGGGACGCAAGAGAGCCUGGAGAGGAGCCUAGCCAUGGCGAUCAUGGUAUUGACUGAUGGAGAUCUUUGUGUGUGA